UAAUCCACAGCCAAGGCCACUUGGUCAUUCUGGCAUUUUAUGGUAGAGAAUACAUUGAUUUUGACUCAUGGAAAGAAUAUGAGUCCCAGCACUGUUGAAGAAUAUAGCACAGUUGCAUCAGUAAUGAUGGCUCACUCAACUGGGAGCAUCUCUCUGGAGACCAUCAUGCAAACAUCAGAGACUGGGUCGGACACAGGUUCGACAGUGACUUUACAAACAUCUGUGGCUAGUCAAGCAGCAGUGCCGACCCAGGUGGUCCAGCAAGUACCAGUACAACAACAGGUACAGCAGGUACAGACUGUGCAACAGGUACAACAUGUCUAUCCAGCUCAGGUGCAGUAUGUGGAAGGAAGUGAUACCGUCUAUACCAAUGGAGCGAUCCGAACAACAACCUAUCCUUACACAGAAACACAGAUGUACAGCCAAAACACUGGAGGGAAUUACUUUGAUACUCAAGGAAGUUCUGCACAGGUGACUACAGUGGUCUCCUCCCACAGUAUGGUGGGGACUGGUGGGAUUCAGAUGGGCGUCACAGGAGGACAACUCAUCAGCAGCUCUGGAGGAACUUAUCUAAUUGGCAAUUCGAUGGAGAAUUCUGGCCACUCAGUGACACACACGACCCGGGCCUCUCCAGCGACAAUUGAAAUGGCGAUUGAGACGCUGCAAAAGUCUGACGGUCUGUCCACUCACAGAAGUUCUCUUCUCAACAGCCAUCUCCAGUGGCUGUUGGACAAUUAUGAGACAGCAGAAGGAGUGAGUCUUCCCAGAAGCACUCUAUACAACCACUACCUACGACACUGUCAGGAACACAAACUGGACCCAGUCAAUGCUGCUUCUUUUGGAAAACUAAUAAGGUCAAUUUUCAUGGGGCUACGAACCAGGAGAUUGGGAACUAGAGGAAACUCCAAGUACCAUUACUAUGGGAUUCGUGUCAAGCCAGAUUCCCCUCUUAAUCGUCUACAAGAAGACAUGCAAUAUAUGGCUAUGCGACAACAGCCCAUGCAACAGAAACAAAGGUACAAGCCUAUGCAGAAAGUGGAUGGGGUUGCAGAUGGUUUCACAGGAAGUGGUCAACAGACAGGCACAUCUGUUGAGCAAACUGUAAUUGCCCAAAGCCAACAUCAUCAACAGUUUUUAGAUGCAUCUCGAGCACUUCCAGAGUUUGGAGAAGUUGAAAUCUCUUCUCUGCCAGAUGGUACUACCUUUGAGGAUAUCAAGUCACUGCAGAGUCUUUAUCGAGAGCACUGUGAGGCAAUAUUGGACGUUGUUGUGAAUCUUCAGUUUAGCCUAAUAGAAAAAUUAUGGCAAACUUUCUGGCGCUAUUCUCCCUCUACUCCAACUGACGGCACUACCAUGACUGAAUCAAGCAAUCUGAGUGAAAUAGAAAGUCGACUUCCGAAAGCAAAGCUGAUAACUCUGUGCAAACAUGAGUCUAUCCUGAAAUGGAUGUGUAACUGUGACCAUGGGAUGUACCAGGCUUUGGUGGAGAUUCUCAUCCCCGACGUCCUUAGACCUAUUCCUAGUGCCUUGACCCAAGCCAUUCGAAAUUUUGCAAAAAGCCUUGAAGGUUGGCUCUCCAAUGCCAUGAACAAUAUUCCACAGAGAAUGAUACAAACCAAGGUUGCCGCUGUAAGUGCCUUUGCCCAGACUCUGCGAAGAUACACGUCGCUCAAUCACCUGGCCCAGGCGGCUCGUGCAGUGCUUCAGAACACUUCUCAGAUCAACCAGAUGCUCAAUGAUCUCAACCGUGUUGACUUUGCCAACGUCCAGGAGCAGGCUUCCUGGGUGUGUCAGUGUGAUGACAACAUGGUUCAGAGACUAGAAACGGACUUCAAGAUGACUCUUCAGCAGCAGAGCACCCUGGAGCAGUGGGCUGCGUGGCUUGACAACGUGAUGAUGCAAGCACUGAAACCCUACGAGGGAAGACCCAGUUUUCCGAAAGCUGCCAGGCAAUUUCUGCUAAAAUGGUCCUUCUACAGCUCAAUGGUUAUUCGGGACUUAACCUUACGCAGUGCUGCUAGCUUUGGCUCCUUCCACCUGAUCCGUCUACUCUACGACGAGUAUAUGUUCUAUUUAGUAGAACAUCGUGUUGCUCAGGCAACGGGAGAGACCCCCAUUGCUGUCAUGGGAGAGACAUACCUUGUAGAUGAAAAAAAUACUCCUAUCAUGGAACUCUUUAUAAGCAAACUUCCGAAUUUUGGUGAUUUAAAUGCUGUGUCUCCUGGAAAUCUGGAUAAAGAUGAAGGCAGUGAAGUGGAAAGUGAAAUGGAUGAAGAACUAGAUGACUCUUCAGAACCUCAAGCCAAAAGAGAGAAAACUGAGCUGAACCAGGCAUUUCCCGUGGGCUGCAUGCAGCCUGUCUUGGAGAGUGGUGUGCAGCCAAGCCUCCUGAAUCCAAUCCACAGUGAGCACAUCGUUACGAGUACUCAGACUAUCAGACAGUGCAGUGCUACAGGAAACACCUAUACUGCAGUCUAAAGAAUAUUAAAGCGUAUUUUUCCAGCUAACAUUACCCUGUUGAUAUUGGGCUUAAGUUGAAAAUUUAAUAAGCCUGAAGGUCGACUGUUGUCAAAUUCUAUCUGUGCUGAACAUUACUUUUUGGAGUUGUGAAAUGGAAUGGGUGUAUGUAUUUUGCCAGACUUUUUUUUUAAUGUAAACAAAUUAUUUGCCUCUUAAUAAGAGUUUUUCCCCCUUAGUUUCAAGUGUCAAGGAGGAUUUUUACAACACUUAAUGUCUAUGUUUUUGUUUUCUUAUAAUUAAAAAGUAAUUUACAUUUUUGUAGCUUAAACUAUUUUAUUGUUGAUUGUUAGUCUUGGUGUAUGAUUUCAUGUAUAAGUUUUUAAUUAGAUGCACUUCUGUGAAAUAUCAAAAGAAAUGAAUUUCUUUGAUUUACACUGGAGGCAUGCCCGUUUGCCAGCAGAUGCAUCAAAUUUCCUUUGAAAGGUGCUUUUCAUUGGACACAACCAAAAGACACUAUUUUGAUCCAUUUUGGAGUGUGGAGAGAGAAUACAGAACAUUUUUAUUAUAAUGCGAGAGGUUUGGGAAGGUCAUCUGUUUUUCUCUGGAGAAAAAUUGAGCCAUGCAUUUAUUAGUUCAGAGUAAAUGGCAAAAUUGCAAGAGAUUAUGCUAAUAUGUACAUAAUUUGUGUACAUAAUUAUCAGACCACGUUAAUGCAAGCUUCCGUUAAACAUUGAAUUUUAACUGUUAUCUGCAUCCCAAUUCCUCUGUUUAAAGACUACUGAUUCUGUAUUUGGGACCACUGCACAGAUGCAUUCUGCUGUUGAGUGGGGCUGUUAUAGUUAGAAACUGAAGCUGAAAAAAUGACUUGACUUUUUUUUUUUUUAAGUGUACAUGCUACUUAUGCUGAGCUGGACAUACAGGAAACCAUUCCAUUUGAAUGACUUUCUUUUAUUCCAGGUCGUUUUCCUAAUAGUAGUUCAACAUGCUGCUAUUAUAUAAAAAAAAAUUAUAGAAUGCAAGGAAUGUAGCAACCUGCAUAUCAUUAUUUCCUUCAAAAAUAUUUCCUGGUUUCUAAAGUAUGUGGAUUUAAAUUUUAAACAGAACCUGAAGGCAGUGUAACUGGCACGCCACACGGUUGCUUAUCCCCAAUUCUGUAGGAUCUGGAUAAGUGACCGAAUGGACCAGUGCCAUUGAAGAAUGUACAUCAGGGAUCAUCGUACCUCGGCUAUUACAUGGUGCCUUAAAACAGAACUGAAGCUAAGGUUUAGUAAGGCUUAUUUUGUUCAUGUGAAUUCCUCUUCAAUCCAUUUGAUAAGGAGUGCCUGUCGUUUUCAGACUCCCAAAGUAAAGACAGGCCACCUGUUCUUCAAAGGAAAUUUAAGGAAAACAAAGCAAAACAGCAACAACAAAAAAUUUCAAAACCCAGUUCCCCUCUUUGAGUGACCAUGAACCUUCAUUUUCUUCUUAGAGCUGAUAAUACUUGAUUGCAGACCAGAUUGCUUAAGGGUGUGGCUAGUUUUAAUUACCAACUUGAUACAUCAAAAUCAUCACUGUUUUAGAUUUUCCUUAUCGAAUUAUAAUUUAAGGAAGUUAGCAAAAUAAGCAGGUACUUAUCGAAGUGCAUCUUUUCAGUCUGCAUGUUUG